ACCACAACUCCUCCAGGUGUGUUUUUCUCUACUCUCGACAAGACUCUUUUCUUGAUCUUGAUACUCCAAAGCAACCCUGUCAUGGAAACUUUGUCAUGAACCAUGUUCGCAGCACUAUAUUGCAGAAAGCAAUAAUCAAGUGUUUUCAACCAGUAAACGUAAAGGUUGGAAGAUUGUUAUGUAGUGGUUUUUGACAAAAGGGAAGUGGUGCUGGCUAAAUAUACACAAAAUGGGCUUACCCAGCCAUCUGUUGCCUUCAUCAACUUGGGACCCAUCAUCAAUGUUAUGCUUCUCUCGGCACUUGAUUCACUCAGAGCUCCUAGCAGGACUGCUUUUAAUACUCAGGUGAACAAUGUUCUUCCAUCUGAUGUGUAUGGUGUGGCUGGACCUGUGGUGCUGUCUCUCUACAUCCACAGCCAGCGUUUUUUACCCCAAAACUUUGCCAUGUAAUGUUACUGAGACCAACAAUGGCAGCGUGGUGACAGUUGACUGCACUGAGAGAAGACUCUUGGAUAUCCCCCUUGGCAUCCCCAGAGACACUACCAAUCUGACGCUCACCAUCAACCAUAUCCCAAGAUUAAACUCCACCUCUUUUCGCGGUCUGGAGAACCUGACUGAGAUUGAUAUGAGGUGCAACUGUGUGCCCAUCAAAAUCGGCCCCAAAGACAGAGUGUGCACCGCGGGUUUGACGAUAGAGGGAGAUACUUUCACCAACCUGCUGAAUCUGCAAGCCCUGUAUCUUGAUGGAAAUCAGCUCUCCAGUAUACCCAAAGGUUUGCCUUUAAAUCUGAUCCUGCUGAGUUUGGAAGUCAAUCACAUUGUUGAUAUUUCAAAAGCAAACCUCUCUGAGAUCAGAAAUAUCCAGAUGCUUUACCUGGGUCAGAACUGCUAUUUUCGUAACCCCUGUAAUAUCUCCUAUGAAAUAGAGGAUGGUGCUUUUUUGCAGAUUAAAAAUUUAACAUUGCUAAGUCUGAAGUCCAACAACUUAUUUACUCCACAUCAACUCCCAACAAGCCUCAAGGAGUUGUAUCUUUACAACAAUAACAUUCCCAACAUCACUGAUGAGGAUUUUAAAAACUUAACAAACCUUGAGAUUCUUGAUAUAAGUGGAAACUGUCCUCGCUGUUACAAUGCUCCUUUCCCAUGCACCCCUUGCCCAAAUAAUUCCCCACUCAAUAUCAGCAACGCAGCUUUUAAGAUGUUGACACAGCUCAAGACGCUCCGGCUGCACAGUAACUCCUUGACAUAUGUCCCAUCGGAGUGGUUUGCCACCACAACAGAGCUGAGAGAACUUGAUCUCUCAUCAAAUUUUUUAGCGAGAGAAUUAGGAUUCACCAAAUUCCCACUCUCCCUGGGCAAACUGGAGGAGCUUGACCUUUCAUUUAACUAUGAGCUUCAGAAGUACUCCCAAACACUGAGACUACACCGCAGUUUCUCUUCCCUAAAAUCUCUGAGAGUUCUCAGAAUAAAAGGCUUUGUGUUUCAGCAGCUAGAGCCGGAGAGUAUUGAUCCUCUAAAGCCCCUAAAAAACUUGGAGGUGGUAGAUCUGGGUACAAACUUCAUUAAAAUGGCAAACCUUAGUAUUCUCAUGGAAUUACAAAGCUUUAAAAUCAUCAGUCUCUCUGACAACAAAAUAUCGUCCCCCUCUGAGGGCCAGAAUGUUGUUGGUUUUUCUGGGGUGGAGCCCUUGCAAUGGUCUCCCAUGUCAGGUUCUGCAGAGUACCAAAGUAGGGAAGUGAGAGAGAUUCAUUACUUUAGAUAUGACGAAUAUGCACGCAGCUGCAAAUACAAAGAAAAAGAACUUGGAGUUGUCACAUCCUUUGUCAAUACACAAUGCAGUCUUGGCAAAACCCUGGAUGUCAGUAGAAACAAUAUAUUCUUUUUGCAUUCAAGGUUUUUAAAUCUUAAGGACCUGAGAUGCCUCAAUUUAUCUGGGAACGCAAUGAGCCAAAGUCUGAAUGGCUCUGAAUUCACCUAUCUGUCUCAAUUAAAAUACCUUGACUUCUCGUCAAAUCGCCUUGACCUGCUGUACUCCACAGCAUUUCAAGAGCUGACAAGUCUGGUCAUCUUGGAUAUCAGUAAAAACAACCAUUAUUUUGAGUCAGAGGGUGUAACUCACAUGCUUAACUUCACCAAAAAUUUGAACCUUAAAGUACUGUUGAUGAACCACAACCAGAUCUCAACUUCCACUAACACAGAAAUGGAGAGUGAAUCUCUGGAGAGGUUAGAGUUUAUAGAUAACCGGUUAGAUAUGAUGUGGAGAGAUGGAGACACCAGAUAUUGUAAUUAUUUCAAGAAGUUGGUUAGUCUGAUUGUACUCGACAUAUCUACUAACAAUCUCAAUUUCAUUCCAGAGGAAGUGUUUAGUGGUUUGCCUGACAAACUGUCUGAGCUCUAUAUCAGAGACAAUAAACUGACCAGGUUCGAAUGGGGGAAGCUACAUCUUCUGCAUUCUUUGCAAGUCUUAGAUCUAAGCGAAAACAGAUUAACUACUGUUCCACAUGUUCUUUCCAACUGUACCCAAUCUCUCCAGAAGCUCAUCUUACAUAAGAAUCAAAUUGUAAAACUCACGACAGAUUUCCUCAAGAAUGCCUACAACUUAAAAUACCUUGAUCUUAGUUUUAACAGCAUACAGUACAUCGACAAAUCAAGCUUUCCAGAUGAUGUCAUUGAUCACAUGACCACAUUGCUAUUAGACAACAACAAAUUCCAGUGCACUUGCAAUGCCACUUGGUUCAUCAAAUGGCUCAACAGCACCACAGUGACAAUCCCCAAACUCGCCACAGAUGUCACCUGUGAGAGUCCAGCACAAAGGGGUCACCCGGUCAUCUCAGUGGACCUGCUAGCCUGCCAGCACAACUACCUGUCCAUCAUCCUCUACACCCUCAUGACUUCCCUCAUCCUCAGCUUCCUCACCCUGUCCGUCUCCAGUCACCUCUUCCUGUGGGACGUUUGGUACAUCUACCACUUCUGCAGGGCCAAGCUCAAAGGCUACAUGCGCCUGUCCUCCCAAAGCUCCGUCUACGAUGCCUUUGUGAUAUAUGACAAAGAGGAUCCUGCCGUGUCAGAGUGGGUGUUGAAGGAAAUGUGCUUCCACUUGGAGGACCGAGGUGAUCGUCCACUGACGCUGUGUCUGGAAGACCGGGACUGGAUUCCUGGGUGUCCCCUGAUUGACAACCUUUCACAGAGCAUCCACAAAAGCAAUAGGACCGUGUUCAUUCUGACCAGCAGGUAUAUCAAAAGUGGGAACUUCAAGACGGCUUUCUACAUUGCCCACCAGAGGCUAAUGGAUGAAAAGGAUGAUGUGAUUGUACUGAUCUUCUUGGAGAAAGUGCAGUGCAAUUCAAAGUACUUGAGACUGAGGAAGCGACUAUACAAGCGGUCAGUGCUGGAGUGGCCCACAAACCCUCAAGCUCAGCCUUACUUCUGGUUCACUCUGAGGAGUGUAUUAGCGACAGAGAGUCACAAACAGUACAACAACCUGUUUAAAGAGACACUGUGAAUACAACAAUACACUGUCAUGACAGGUUCCUCUGAGUUUUAUUUGUCUGAAUGAAAUUAUCUGGGAAUUACAUAACAUCUAAAAGGGGGGGAAUGUGUUACUGAAUAUUUUUUGUGUAUACUUUGAAUUCUCUGUUCCCUUUUACUCAUUAAAGAAGUGGCUGGCAUGCUUCGAAAAUCAAAAAUUAUAAGUUACAUUCUGUUCAGGCGGUCGAUGAAACUGCCAGCAAAUUUCAAAACAGGGAAGUGAGACUGAUGCACUUCCUCGCUCACAUGCUGCCUCUGUGCCCUAACUGUUGUUGUGAGAAACGCACAGUUCAUUGCUGCUUUAAUUGGCUUCAGAAACAGAUGGCUCUUUUUAAUGCAUAUUGUUGAUGUGUGAGUGAACAUCACAGAGGUUAUACUUUUGGAAACAACCUGUUUUUCAAAGCUAUCCUUUCAGGAUAUUAAGGAACCAAUACAGUGCAUGCACGAUGACCUUCAAAUGUUGGGUGCACCUCCUCCUGCUCUGUCUGUGUUGUCAUCAUGUACCUGCUGCUAGAAAACCUGAAUGGAUGAGACCACAGUUCCCAUGUGAGGUCACCACAUACAACUCCUCUUGUAUCCUGUUUGACUGUAAAUGGCGUAACCUGAAAAAAGUACCUUUUGGAAUAACAAGUAAUGCAACCGACCUCGACUUGUCAGAGAACUCCAUUAAGAAUAUUUCUGCUGAUUCUUUUUCUCACCUGCUGAACCUGACUCGACUCAACCUCGGCUUGGCAAACCAGGGGGAAAAAGUGAUCGUUGCUGCGGAUGCUUUCAAAAAUCUGACAAAACUACGGUUCCUGGGACUGUCAGGAAAUAGUCUGACUGAAACUCCUGGCAAUCUUCCUGAUAGUGUGGAGCUCCUUGAGCUGGACAGUAACAAGAUCAUCAGGCUGGAUGACAGGAGCUUCGCUGGCUUAACAAACGUGACACAUUUAUCUUUAUGUAGAAACUGCUACUUCUGGAAUCCUUGUGGGAAAUACUUCACUGUUGUUGACGAUAGUUUUAGAGUUAUGACUAAACUUGAAUUUCUGGACUUGUCCUAUAACAACAUAACUAAAGUUCCCAAAAGGUUACCUCCAUCAUUGAAAACUUUAAAGCUGGGUACGAACAGAAUACAGUACAUUUCUGAAGAUGAUUUUUUUGGGCUGCCAAAUUUGACAGACCUCCAUAUACAAGGGAACUGUCCAAGAUGUCACAAUGCUCCAUACCCCUGUGUGCCUUGCCAAAACAUUUCUAUUGACAUCCAUCCAAAUGCUUUUCAUGGUUUACCACAGCUUGAGGGUCUAGCCAUGGGAGGAAACUCCCUGACCCACGUGAAAUCGUCCUGGUUUGAGAGGUUGACAAAGCUUAGGGUGUUAAUCCUGUCAUUUAACCUCUUGUUCGACGUAAUUACCAAAGAGGCAACAUUUCUCCAAUACCUUCCCAAGCUGGAAAAACUAGAUCUCUCAUUUAACUUUGCUUCAAAGUGCUAUCCUAAAUCUGUAAGACUUGCUAAAGAGUUUUCAAAUCUGGUGUCACUUCGAACUUUGCACAUGGAGGGUUUGGUCUUCCAGAAUAUUGGGCCGGACACACUCAGAGCUCUGUACGGGAUGAAAAAUCUGUCCGCCUUAAACUUAGGGACUAACUUCAUUAUUCACUCAGAGUCAACAAUAUUUCAAAAUCUGUCCCACCUGAAAUUGAUUUACCUAGCUGAGAACAGGCUGUAUCCAACAACAGUGACAACUGCCCCACUUUCAUGCGCUGGAAACAAUCAGGAGUCAGACUUUUCUACCUCACCGCUCAUAGGACAUCCAAAGAUCAAUCAUAUGAGUUGACACACGGCCUUAUCCAACAAGAGUGCUUUGACGCUGGACGAGUGAUCAUCCUCAGCUCAAAUAAUCUCUUCUUCAUUUCUCCAAAGCAGUUUGAGCACUAUGGAAACAUUUCAUGUCUCAACCUGUCAGGGAAUGGGUUUUCGGCAGCACUUAACGGCACAGAGUUCACCUCGCUUCCCAAUCUGACAUACCUGGACUUGUCAUAUAAUAAGAUUGAUCUGGCCUAUGACUACGCCUUCAAUGAACUGAAAAAACUACAAGUUCUAGAUCUCAGUCACAAUUCUCACUACUUUACAGCAUACGGGGUGACACUCAAUUUGAAUUUUACUCAAAACCUGCCUGCCCUAAGAGUUCUGAAUAUGAGUCAUAACUUAAUUUCCACAUUAACAACAAAACGCAUGUACAGCACGUCUUUAACAGAACUUCGCUUUACGUAUAAUUAUCUGGGCACUCUUUGGAAGGAAAAUGAGAACGCCUAUAAGAUGCUUUUCACCAAUCUUACUAAUCUCACAAUUUUAGACAUAUCUUACAACAACAUCACAAAGAUUCCAGACAACGUGUACGAAUAUUUACCACGCAACCUCACCAAACUACUUAUCAACAACAACAGACUCACUGAUUUCAUAUGGGACCGACUGGCACGUUUCCCUCAACUUGAGACUUUAGACUUGAGCUCUAACUCUUUAACUAAUGUAACGGGUUCAGACUCGAACAUCACGCAAACUUUGACAUUCCUUGACUUGAGUCAUAACAACAUUUUCCAGUUGGACGAUGGAUUUCUAAAUGGUGUAAAAAGCCUCAAGUCGCUAAGUCUUAGUGGCAACAAACUGACCAUCAUCAACCGAACCACCUACCAUAUGUGGUCUGGAAGUCAGAUUGAGAGUCUGCUCUUACAGGAAAACCCGUUCCAGUGUACUUGUGAUUCAUUCAAUUUCAUUCUGUGGAUUCAGAGCACUGAUGUAAAGAUCCCUAGACUGUCCACUGCCGUGACGUGUGACACACCAGCAAAUCAGAAGGGUCAAGCUCUGGUGAAAUUUAACAUUAACCAGUGUGUGAACAACAGUGAAGCGUUCCUGAUCUACAUGCUCACAAAUUCCUUUAUUAUCAUUCUUAUGUUUGUUGCAACACUUGUUCACUUGUUCUACUGGGAUGCCUCCUAUGUCCUGCACUACAUGAAAGCUAAGAUUAAGGGAUACAGGUCUCUGAACUCACUUAAAAGUGCUUAUGACGUCUUUGUGAUUUACGACACCAGAGAUCCGCAUGUGACUGAGUGGGUGAUGAAGAACCUGCGAGUGAAACUGGAAGAGGAAGGGGAGAAGCAUCUUCCUCUGUGUCUGGAGGAGCGGGACUGGCCCCCAGGGGUCCCACUCAUAGACAACCUCACGCAGAGCAUUCGAUACAGCCGCAAGACCCUCUUUGUCUUAACAGAGGACUACGUUAAGACUGGGGUUUUUAAGCUGGCUAUGUAUCUGGCUCACCAGCGCCUGCUUGAUGAAAAUGUUGAUGUGAUAGUGCUGCUGAUGCUGGAGCCUGUCCUGCAGCGCUCUCAUUUCCUGCGCCUUAGGAGGCGACUGUGUGGGAAAAGCAUUGUGGAGUGGCCAAGAACAGCUGCUGCAGAGCCUUGGUUUUGGCAAAAUCUGAGGAGUGUGGUGAGAGUAGACAAUCAGGUGAUAUACAACAAGACAUAUUCAAGGUACUUCACCAACAACUGACGCAGGGAUGAAGAUGAGCUGGCUCAAUAAUGUAAAAACUGUUGUUUUCUAUUAAAGCUGAUGCGAUUCUGUACAGUUUUUGUCAAAAUUGUGUUAUAAUCAUCCGCUGAUACAGUCACAUUUACUGAAUUUCUAUAUUUUGUUUGAAAAGGUUUCUGAAUAAAUCAUCACAUUAAUUCUGA